GUUCAGCCAUCCCGGUCAGGAGCAGGAUGAGGAUCAUGAGAGCAGCCGAGAUGCUACUCGAAUUGGUGAUACCAUGGCUCACUCUUUGCCUUUUACCACCUGCCGCCAGCACCGUCAUAGUUCAGACCAUGCACCAAAUGCCAGUAAUUACAGAAUUGAGACCAGCUCACAAUGAAAAGAUCUGCAGUACAUGGGGCAACCAUCAUUUCAAGACGUUCGAUGGAGAUUUCUUCCAGCUUCCCUCACCUUGCAACUACAUCCUUGCGUCCCAGUGUAAGGGAACCUACGAAAAUUUUAACAUUCAGUUCCAACGGCAGGAGAUAAAUGGGGUCCCCAUCAUAAAGAGGGUCACCAUGAGACUGGACGGGGCUGAUGUGGAAUUAGACAAGACUUCCAUCAAAGUCAAUAAUGAACAUUUCACUUUACCAUUCAGCCGGUAUGGCAUUACAGCCGAAAGGACUGUCUCCUAUGUCAAAAUCGAGGCAAAGUUGGGCGUGGUCAUCAUGUGGAAUGAAGAAGACGCACUCUGGGUUGAGCUGGAUGCUAAAUUCAAGAACCAGACCUGUGGCCUGUGCGGUGACUACAACGGAGUCCAGGUUUAUGAUGAGUUCUUUAAAGAAGGGAAGACUGUAAGCCUUGAUUAUUUUGAGGAGACCUGGAAAGUCAAUGGUCCUACCGAAGACUGUGAAAAAAGCUCCCCUCAAGACAAACAGACCUGUGAAAAUCAAAUCGACCUCUGCUCAAACUUGCUGUCAGGCCCUGCCUUCCUCAGCUGUAAUAACCUGAUUGAUAAGGACUCUUUCAUCGGAGCGUGUGUGAAGGACAUUUGCAGCUGUAACAGCAGUACCACAUGCUUGUGUUCGACCAUAUCAGAGUACUCCCGUCAGUGCGCUCAUGCAGGCGGGAAACCACACAAAUGGAAGACUGCACAAAUGUGUGCAAAAACCUGCCCUUUUAACAUGGAGUAUCAAGAAUGUGGUAGUCCUUGUACUGACACCUGCAGCAACCCCCAGAGAAGCGAAGUAUGUGAGGAUCACUGCCUAGACGGAUGCUUCUGUCCAUCUGGGACUGUCUUUGAUGACAUAACACAAAGUGGGUGUGUUGCUUUUGACAAAUGCUCCUGCACACACGAUGGCAAGUCAUACAAACCAGGAGAAUCAUACUCAAGGGCAUGUCAAAAAUGCACCUGUACCCAGGGUCAGUGGAAAUGUAUGGAUAUGGACUGUCCAGGUAUCUGCUCCAUACUGGGGGGCUACCACAUCUCCACCUAUGAUGAUAAAAUAUAUAAUUUCCAUGGAGACUGCUCUUAUGUCCUCUCCAAGGAAGCUAAUGGGACUUUCAGUGUCCAUGGUGACCUUGCCAAAUGUGAAAUAUCAAAAAAAUCAACUUGCCUGGGAGCAGUCACCCUAAACCUGCCUCAAAACAUGAAGAUUGUAGUGCAAGCUAACGGACAUGUUAUAUAUAACACAAUGAGAACUCCGUUGCCUCUUUUCAUGGAUGACAUAACAGUCUUCAGCCCAUCGACAUUCUUCAUUGUAAUCCACACCAAAUACGGGCUUGAUCUUGAGAUUCAGCUAAAACCCAUUAUGCAGGUCUACAUCAAAGCCAGUGUUCGAAAUAAAGGAAAACUCAUGGGUCUUUGUGGAGAUUUUAAUGAUGUGGAAGCUGAUGACUUCAGAACCACAAAUGGAUUGAUUGAGGGAACAGCGUGGGCAUUUGUGAACACAUGGAAGACUAAGCCAAGUUGCCCAGAUGUUACAAACAUAAUUGGGGACCCCUGCUCAUCGAGCUUAGACAAAGAUAAUUAUGCCAAGCACUGGUGUGGGAUGCUGUCAGACCCAAAAGGGAUUUUUGCAAAGUGUCAUACUGAAAUAAACCCAGAAUACUAUCAGAAAUCUUGUAUUUAUGACACCUGUGCCGGUCAUAGCAGUGAGGAGUGCAUGUGUGCUGCUAUAUCCUCUUAUGUCCAUGCAUGCGCUGCUGAAGGCAUCCUGUUGCAAGGAUGGAGGAACACCAUUUGCCAGCGCUACACAACUGGCUGCCCUGCUACUUUUGUGUAUGAAUACGAAAUGACAAGCUGUCGUCGCACCUGCCGCUCUCUUAGUCAGUCAGACUUAACAUGUGGCAUUGAGUUUACCCCAACGGAUGGCUGCGGCUGUGCCAAAGGAACUUUCCUGAAUGACCGGGAUCAGUGUGUGCCAGCCUCACAAUGCUCUUGCCAGGUGGGAGACACACUGGUGCACCCAAAGCAAUCCAUCACAGUCAAUGGAAAAACCUGCGUGUGCCUUAGUGGAACACUGAAUUGUGAAGGAAUACAUACAGAAGAAUCAUGCAAAAAGCCGAUGGUUUACUUCAACUGCUCCAGCUCAAAGCCACGGGAAAAGGGAUCCGAGUGUCAAAAGAGCUGCCAGACUCUGGACACAGACACAUGUGCCAGUACACAUUGUAUGUCAGGCUGUGUAUGCCCAGCCGGCCUGGUGUUUGACGGUAAAGGAGGCUGCAUAAAGGAACAGAACUGUCCCUGCACAUAUAAUGGAGAGUCCUUUCAUUCUGGAGAGAAUGUCACUGUAAACUGCAAUACCUGUACUUGCAAAAGCAGAAAAUGGACUUGUACAGAUCAUGAGUGUGGUGGAUUCUGCACCAUAUAUGGAGAUAGCAAUUACAUCACUUUUGAUGAGAAGAAAUUCUCCUUUAAUGGGGAAUGUAGCUCCAUCUUCACUCAGGAUUACUGUGGAGAAGACAUGAAUGGCACCUUUAGGGUCCUAACAGAGAGCAUCCCAUGCGGUGGGAGCGGAACCAUUUGCUCCACUGCUAUCAAGCUUUACUUAGGGAACAACGAAAUCAUUCUUUCAGAGGAAAGUGUCAGAGUUAUCAAACAAAGCAAAGGGGAAGACAUACCAUAUAAGGUCCACACUAUGGGUAUUUAUCUUGUCAUUGAGGCAAAGAAUGGACUUGUUCUUAUGUGGAAUAAGAGGACAACACUCAUGAUCAAACUCAAGUCAAAUUUCAAGGGAAAAGUCUGUGGUCUGUGUGGGAAUUACGAUGGAAAUAUCAAGAACGAUUUUACCACCAGAAACAAAGGAGUUGUGGUUGACGCCCUUGAGUUCGGAAACAGCUGGAAAGUGUCACCUAAUUGCCCUAAUGCAAACACAGCAAAAGAUCCCUGCAGUAUGUACUCAUACAGGAAGGCAUGGGCAUCAAAACACUGCGACAUUAUCAAUACUGAAGUAUUUGCUAGUUGCCAUUCGAAGGUGGAUCCAAAAAACCAUUAUGAAGCCUGUGUGAGAGACACGUGUUCCUGCAACACAGGAGGAGAUUGUGAGUGUUUUUGCUCUGCUGUCGCAGCCUACGCAGCAGCCUGUAACGAGGCCGGAGCGUGUGUGAGAUGGAGAACUCCCACAAUCUGCCCUAUAUUCUGUGAUUUUUACAACCCUGAUGGAGAGUGUGAAUGGCACUAUAAGCCUUGUGGAAAACCAUGUAUGAAGACAUGCAGAAAUCCCUCGGGAGAAUGCUUCAACCACAUUCCAGCAUUAGAAGGCUGCUAUCCAAAUUGCCCGUCUGAACGACCUUAUUUCGAAGAGGAUGACAUGAAGUGUGUGUCAAAUAAGGAAUGUGGCUGUUAUGAUGACGAAGGGAAUCACCAUGAAGAAGGGAAGCUUUGGCCUUCAAAAGAUAACUGUCACAACUGUAAAUGUUCUUCAACAAAAGUGAAGUGCUACUAUGAUAAUCUAGCUUGCAAUUGUUACUAUAACGGGCAUAUUUACAAGUAUGGAGAGACUGUCUAUGAGACACAUGAUGGAAAUGGAAGCUGUUUAAAGGCUGUUUGUGGAGAAAAAGGAGAUAUUAUCAGAACCUCAGAGACUUGCUCUACAACUACACCAACUACAACUACACCAUCCAUAACAUUUAAUUUUACCAGUGAAAAACCAAGAACAACCACACAACAUCCUACCACAGCAACAUCACAAACGUCUCCUCAUUCAAGUAUUAGAACUGAGGCUGUGACAACGAUUCACACAAUCUCUAAACCAACGGCUUCAACAAGGUCUAAAACCACAGUUCUAUCAUCAUCAAGACCCAUCUCCAAAGCUACCACUGUCACAGUAAAAUCCAGCACAACAUCAACAUUCACAGAAAAACCUACCUCAACCAUUACAGUCACUGAAAAUCCCAGCACUACUAGCUGUGACUAUGAUUGUAAGUGGUCAUAUUGGAACAACAAUAAUUACCCUGGCCCUUCCCCAGAUAGUGGAGAUUAUGAACCAAUUGAAAAAAUUAAGGAUCUAGAUUUGAGUGUUUGCAGAAAACCUUUAGAAAUAGAAUGUAGAGCAAAACAUUAUCCAAAUUCAACGUUGGACGAAUUACUUCAAAAAGUAACAUGCAACCCAACAGGUGGACUAAUCUGUCAUAACAAAGACCAAAGUCCACCUCCUCCUAAAUGUUUGGACUAUGAAAUACGAGUGAAGUGUUGUGUUUACAAAUGUUACACCACAACCCCCACAGAAAAUCCCAGCACUACUGCUGUUACAUUCUCUGAGAAACCUACCACUACUACCACCACCAUCACAAAACCACCAACCACAAUAACAGAAAAACAGACCACGAUACCCACGGAAAAACCCACCACAACCACCAAAAUCACAGAAAAACCAACCACAACCACUCAAGUUACCGAAAAACCAACCACAACCACUACAGUUACUGAAAAUCCUACCACAACACCAACAGAAAAGCCCAGCACUAAAGCUAUCACCGUCACAGGAAAAGUCCCCACAACGACUACAGUCACUGAAAAACCCACCACAACAACUAUAGUCACUCAAAAACCCACCACAACGACUAUAGUCACUCAAAAACCCACCACAACAACCCUGGAAGUUAGAACAAAUACAGUUGCUAAAACAACGCCAUUAACAGAACCUUUGACUGUGCACACAGCUACGACACCCACAGAAAAUCCCAUCACUACUUCUGUUACAUUCUCGGAGAAACCUACCACUACCACCACUAUCACAAAAACACCAACCACGAUAACAGAAAAACAGACCACGACAUCCAUAAUCACAGUAAAACCCACGACAACCUCUAAAGUUACCGAAAAACCCACCACAAUACGCACAGAAAAUCCCAGCACUAAAGCUACCAUAACCACGGAAAAACCCACCACUACCACUACAGUCACUGAAAAUCCCAGCACUACUAGCUGUGACUAUGAUUGUAAGUGGUCAUAUUGGAACAACAAUAAUUACCCUGGCCCUUCCCCAGAUAGUGGAGAUUAUGAACCAAUUGAAAAAAUUAAGGAUCUAGAUUUGAGUGUUUGCAGAAAACCUUUAGAAAUAGAAUGUAGAGCAAAACAUUAUCCAAAUUCAACGUUGGACGAAUUACUUCAAAAAGUAACAUGCAACCCAACAGGUGGACUAAUCUGUCAUAACAAAGACCAAAGUCCACCUCCUCCUAAAUGUUUGGACUAUGAAAUACGAGUGAAGUGUUGUGUUUACAAAUGUUACACCACAACCCCCACAGAAAAUCCCAGCACUACUGCUGUUACAUUCUCUGAGAAACCUACCACUACUACCACCACCAUCACAAAACCACCAACCACAAUAACAGAAAAACAGACCACGAUACCCACGGAAAAACCCACCACAACCACCAAAAUCACAGAAAAACCAACCACAACCACUCAAGUUACCGAAAAACCAACCACAACCACUACAGUUACUGAAAAUCCUACCACAACACCAACAGAAAAGCCCAGCACUAAAGCUACCACAACCACGGAAAAACCCACCACUACCACUACAGUCACUGAAAAUCCUACCACAACACCAACCGAAAAGCCCAGCACUAAAGCUAUCACCGUUACAGGAAAAUCCACCACACCAGCCACAGAAAGUCCCAGCAGUAUUGGUGUUACAUUCUCGGAGAAACCUACCACUACCACCACCAUCACAAAACCACCAACCACGAUAACAGAAAAACAGACCACGACAUCCAUAAUCACAGAAAACCCUACCGCAACCACUAAAGUUACCAAAAAACCUACCACAAUACCCACAGAAAAGCCAAGCACUAGUGGAGUCACAUUCUCAGAGAAACCGACCCCCACACCCACCGUCCAAAAGACACCCACUACAAUAACAAAAAAAACAACCACAACAACCACAUUCACAGAAAAAACAAUCAAAACUACAGAGAAGGAACUAACUACUACUGAAACAACCACUAAAGAACCCACCACCCCUGUAAAAACCACAGAAAAGCCUACUUCAACAAUAACUAAAACCCCAACACCUUCAACCCUUCAGUCUUCAACACCAGGCAGAACAACAAUGUGUUUUUGCAAGUACAUGGAUCAUUUAUUUUCUCCUGGUAGCUUCAUGUACAAUAAGACUGAUGAAGAAGACUGGUGUUUCACUGCAUAUUGUGAUUUGACAUGCAAUGUUGAGAAGCUUGCUAGACCAUGUCACUACACUACUCCACCAACUCCUACCACCACUGUAACAAGCCCUACAAAAGAAGACUGUUUGUAUCUUGAUCCACCUAGAAAGGAUGGUGACGUUUGGAUUGGCAAAUGCAACAGAUCCACAUGUGACGACGGAACAAUUGUAACAACAUAUGUGCAAUGUAAACAUGUGACCAAGCCUAAAUGUGAAAAUGGUCAACCACCAGUGAAGGUUUAUGAUGAAAGAGGCUGCUGUUUCCACUAUGAGUGCAAAUGUAUUUGCUCUGGCUUUGGAGAUCCUCAUUAUAUAACAUUUGAUGGCCAAUAUUACAGCUUCCAGAAAAACUGCACAUAUGUCCUUGUCAAAGAGAUCAUUCCUCAACACAAUUUAACAAUUCUUAUCAGCAAUGUAAAUUGUGAUCCCUCUGGAUCUGUGACCUGUCCUAAAGCUUUGAUUGUGUAUUACAAAGACUAUGAAGUUAUUCUCACACAGGAGAAAGACCCAAAGACUGUGAACAUGGUGUACAUCAAUGGCAAGCGGGUAUUGCCAACCUACUCUAAUGAAGACUUUAUCAUAACAACUACAUCAAUUGAGCUACUUAUGAAAAUCCCGGAAAUUGAAGCAGUUGUGAUGUAUAAAGGACUUUUAUUCAGUGUUGAGCUGCCAUUUUCCAUUUUCCACAACAACACCGAGGGACAGUGUGGUACCUGUGACAAUAACAAGAAAAACGACUGCAGAUUACCAAAUGGCAAAAUUAAUCCUGGAUGCUCUCAGAUGGGAGAGUGGAAAGUACCAGAUAAGAAAAAGCCCUAUUGUGAGAAUCCACCCCCAGGACCAAACACAACAAUAGAAUGCAACACAACUGAUCCUAUUUGUGAAAUUCUGAAUAGCAAGGUGUUUGAGAAAUGCCACAAAAUAAUCUCAUCAGAACCAUUUCAUGAGGGUUGUAAUUAUGAUGUUUGCCAAACAAACAGCACAGUAGUUGCUUGUUCCAGUUUGGAGUCGUAUGCUGCGAUGUGUGCUAGAGAAUCUGUAUACCUAUCAUGGAGGGAAGCUACAAAUGGACAGUGUGAAUUCAAGUGUCCAGGGAAUAAGGUCUACCAGCCUGCUGGUCCAACCUUUGAACCUACUUGCAAUGCAAGAUACAAUAAGAUGUAUACACAAAAAUGCGAAGGACAAAAUGACAAACGGAACCAUUAUGACAAGAUGGAGGGAUGUUUCUGCCCAGAGGGGAUGACUCUGUUCAGUUCGACCUCUGACAUCUGUGUCUCCGCCUGUUGCACUGGACCAGAUGGCCAACCUAAACAGAUUGGUGACAAUUGGCUGAGUGGCUGUCUGCAGUGUUCUUGUGAUAAUGACACUAUGAGUGUUCAGUGUAAGCCGCGCACAUGUACCAUUCAAAAUGCAACAGUCUGCGAGGAAGGCGAGGAGUUGGUGAACCGCAUGGUCGGCUGCUGUGCCGAGCAGACCUGUGUUACUACUCGUCCCAACUGUGCAAUGAUCAGGAACACCACAUAUCUGCAGAAGAAAGACUGCAAGUCGGUGGUACCAGUGGAAAUCACCGCCUGUGCCGGAUCCUGUGGAGAGUCCUCAUCAAUGUAUUCUGCAGAAAGCAACCGCUUGAUGCAUUCAUGCACGUGCUGUCAAGAAAUGUCCACCAGCAAGAAGAAGGUGGAGAUGACCUGCGCUAAUGGCCAAAAAGAAAUGCACACCUACAUUUCAGUUGAAAAGUGUGGUUGCAAUAUCACUAAAUGUAAAGAUAUGAAAGGCUAAUGUAAACAUUUUGCUAGACAGCAUCGACAACUAAGCUCAGCAAGUUGAAGGGAAAAUCUAACUUAUAUACUUUUAUGAACUUUAAACAAUUCCUCUCCAAAAACGACCAGAGUCAAGACUCAAUGCGUAAAGACACACCUCUUUGUACUUUGCAGUCCCAAGUAAGAUCAAAUAAUAGUAGAAAGACAUGUUCUAUUUUCACUCUGACAAUGCUCGUCAUCCCUUCGUUAUUAUUAUCAGGCACGCAGGUCCCCAAAGUGCCUCGUGAUGACGGCACAUAUUUGUGUCCUGGUGUCUCUUGUAGCUUUUGAAGAGGUUGUUGCAUUAUACAAAUUGUUCCAUUUGGUGUUUCCUUCAUAGGGUGUUUAUCUUUUUUUUACUUUAAAUGACCUCAGAGUUAACAGUAGUUGAGCAAUUAUUUCUAACAGCAACGGCAAAGAUCUUAUAACCCUUAAAUGAUCUUAUCACCCAUUAAACUACUGUAUAAUGAAAAUAGUGUGAAGAAUGUUGACAUUCUUUAUCCAAUAUCUGAUGUGUCAAACUUCUGCAAACUGAAUGCUGUCAGUGUCAUUAAAACUCAUCAUCAUAA